AUGGUUACACAGGGUAAACUUCAGAUCGCCGUGGAGAAUGUCGAAGAUAAAAACUCAGGGAAACUGGGAUGUGUCGGUUGGCUGUUGGUCCUCAUAUCCCUCCUCCUUAUAACUGUGACCUUCCCGAUUACAUUAUUUAUGUGUGUUAAGAUAGUGAAGGAGUACGAGCGAGCUGUCAUUUUUAGACUCGGCCGGAUCACAGACAGGAAACCUAAAGGGCCAGGACUUUUCUUUGUUCUGCCCUGCACUGAUACCUUUGUGAAAGUCGAUCUAAGAACUGUGUCUUUUGAUAUCCCUCCACAAGAGAUCCUAACCAGAGACUCAGUGACAGUGUCUGUGGACGGCGUGGUGUACUUCCGCAUACAUUGCCCCAUCUCAUCUGUGACCAAUGUGAGCAACGCACACACAUCUACACGGCUGCUGGCACAAACCACCCUGAGGAACGUACUCGGAACCAAAAACCUCUCAGAACUGCUUUCUGACAGAGAGGGCAUAUCGAUCAGUAUGCAGGAAUCUCUGGAUGAAGCCACUGAUCCGUGGGGUAUCAAGGUGGAGCGUGUGGAGAUCAAGGAUGUGAAGUUGCCCCACCAGCUGCAGAGAGCCAUGGCGGCAGAGGCAGAAGCCAGUCGGGAGGCCAGAGCGAAGAUCAUUUCUGCAGAGGGAGAGAUGAACGCUUCCAGGGCUCUGAAAGAAGCCUCUCUGAUCAUUUCUGAGUCACCGUCUGGUCUCCAGCUGCGAUACCUGCAGACCCUCAACACCAUUGCAGCAGAGAAGAACUCCACCAUCAUCUUCCCUGUGCCCAUAGAUAUAUUGCAGAAUUUUAUGAAGAAGUAGUAAUGAUAUCAUUGUUAUAUAGUUAUUUCUACUGUUAGUCGUGUCUAUUUCAGAAACUGUAUAUUAUUUCCCUAUAAGAUUGGCAAAAUAUAGAAUAACAGAACAAUGUUUUUUAAAGAUGUAUCCACGACAGAAAUCUCUUUUGUACACAUAUUUUCUCAUUGUGAUUUAAUACUUAAAUACAAAGUGCAACAUAUACAGUUUAGACAUUAGUGUCUCAUCACUGACCACAAUAUUUUAACCAGCUAAGCUACAAUUGAGGUUGUUGAGGAGGACAAAUAAAUUAAUAAAUUAAUGAAAUGCACAAGAAAAGUAAAACAAAGAACAAUGCACAACAACCUUAUAAAGACAUGCUUUCAUAUAAACUUAUCCAGAGCAUGAAUUUCUGAUAUACUGAGUACAAUCUUUACCGUAAACAAUCAACAAAAGUAUAGACAUCCCCAUGAAACACAGAUGUUCUCUGGCAUUGGAUGUAAACUGUAAACAAAACCUCUUAUUCUAGUGUCAAACAAACAUUCAGGAAAUGAGUACAAGGUCAUGUCCACGGGACACAGAGACAAACAGUGCAGUCAGAGUACCUGAUGGAGAGAAAUAUCACGUCCACCCUUUCAGAACACAGUAAAGUUAAACAAAAUCAACUUGCUCUCAACAGUAAACACAACUCAUCUGCAACCAAAUCCUUGCCUGUGCAGAUUUAGACAUGUUAUGUGUCUGGGGGAGCUGAUUAUUAUGUCAUUAUUUUUAAUAAAGCAAUGUUUCUUGAAUGUAUUUCUAUAUACUUGGUGGCUGCACUACGCAUUUUAAAAUAUUUAUACAUAUUCUGUACAUCCAAAUCCUUUUAUACAAAGGAUAUCUUGCAAAACAGACAGUUGAGCUGAGUUGUUAUGUAAACAUGAGCAAAAGCUUAAAUAAAAAUACAAUUAUUACAAAGAAAAAAAAGACAUGGCAGUUGCUUCCUUUCGAUGACUCAUAAUUCUCCUUGAGACCUGAGAUUAUUCUCUACAAUGAGAAAUGAGGUAACAUAUUUUCAGGAUCUUCUUACUAAUUUAGAUACAUUUUAAGUCUUAAAUACAUUGUGGAUGUUUCCUCUCAACAAAAUGUUUGCCAAAAGUCAAUUGGAGGUUCAAAUGGAGAAAGAAUUGUUGGAAGCCAAAAUACAUUUUCCAUCAUACAGUCAGUAUUUGCUAAAAACAAAAAUGUCUGAGGUGAAUAUUAAAACACACAGAAAUCAACCAGCCACAGAAACAGCAACAAUUUAACAGCAUUGUUAAGCUACACAUUAAAAAGA